GCCGUAGGCGGCGCGGAGGAUCAGGACGCGGUGGCUCCAGACACAGAUCCGCGCGUUGCCUUCGAGGUGCAGCAGGCUCGUGCACGCACGUGGAAGUGCGCUUCGUGCGAGUCCCUGUUCUGCCCGGCGCGCAGGCGGCAGGGGCAACCGGCAUCCCUGGUUCGGACACUGCUGCUCCAGCUAGUCAGCAGGGGCCCCCCGGCAGCCAAGGCGGCGGUGACGGCGGGCACGGCUUGCACCACGGGCCAGCGCAAGGGCAAUCCCAAGCGUCGCAUCGAGAACCGCUGCAUGAAACGCCGGAGCAGGAUCGAAUUGCUAGCUGUGGCCCCCCUGUCUUCGCACCUGUUCAUCCCCAAGGGCUUGGCGCACAGGUGCAGCAAGGUCGCCGCUGUUGCUUUGAACUGGUUCGUCUCAGAGCUGCAUCGCCCGGAAACGUGUUUGGCGCGCGCGGAGUGCGCAUCGCUGUUCCUGCGCCAUUUGGACUUCUCAGUGGCGCGCGACCUGAGGGGAUCCGCGCGCAGCCUCGGUGCCAGUGUGCCUCAAGAUGCCAGUGACGUCACACCGAUUGUCCGGCAUUGGCUCCAGAUGCUCGGACGAGGCGAGCGGCGUGAAGCGGCGCGUGCUGCAGCAGCCGAUGCCGCGACGGCGGCCGCCCGAGCUGCUGGGCGACGCGUUGAGGCUACUUCGGAGGACUCCGACGAGCUACAGAGGAAGCAGUUCGAGUCCAGCAUCUUUAAGGUCCUGCACGGGGACGUUCGGACCGGGCGCCGGAUCUUAGCGAGCAGCGGCGCGCGCCCCUCCUGCGACGAUGCCGCCAACCUCAUGAAGGGCAAGUUCCUCGCCGACCCUGCCAACGACUCCAUCGGGAAUCGCCCGGGCCUGGCGCGGAAGGCCGCCCGUUGCAAGCCGCUGGUGGUGCAGCCGAAGACCGUCGGCACGGUCGUGGCACGGACAGCGGAUUGCAAAGCCUCGGGUACCAGUUCUUGGCGGAACCCAAGGCUCAAGAACAUCGCGUCCGUCCCCUCGGGCCUCGUGGCGUUGACGGGUUGGGCUCUGGCGUGGGUGUCUGGCUCCAUGCCGGCCUUGCCGUCGCUGCCCGGGGCGUGCCUGCAGGAGACGGUGCAGCACAAGGUCACAAAACUGCUUUCGGGUACCCAGCUCGGCAUCGGAGUUCAAGCAGCUCCAGAGACUAUGCUGUGCAUCGGCAGGGCGUUGGCCGAGCUCUGCCCUGGCGACGCCUUCUGCGCUUCUGGUAUGCACAACGCCUUUGGCGAGGUCUCCAGAGCAGAGAUCAUGGAAGAGGUGCGCAAGGAGGUCCCAGAGAUAGCACUUUACUUGUUGAACCUGUGGGUGCCCGCCGGCACGCCAGUGUACACGGCGUAUUCUGCGUCGGCCUGCGCUGUUGCAGGCGCGCCAGUGCACUUCGAGUACAUGGGCGACAUGCUCAUGAAGCUGCAGCCGGAUAUGGUCGGAUCUUGGCGACCGAUCUUGGUCGACGCCCUGGCCUCCGUGAACCUCCGGCUGAACCUGCGCAAGACCAAGGUAUGGGCGCCUUCUGCUCUGGCUGAUCGACCCCGCCCGGCCCUCAUGCAGGCAGGCCUGCCGCAAGUCUUCGGCAGCCUGGAAAUCAUGGGGAGGUGCUGCCUGGCGAGACCUGUUCACCGUGCUGUAUGGGCGCUACUGGACAAGGUACUUGACAAGGCAUUGGACUACGACGCCCGCCUUCUUCACCCGGAGUUUUUCUCCACUCUUGCGGAGCGAUUGGACCGUGCCGCGUUGAUCACAUCUUGCAAAGCAGCGCGCGUCGACAGGUUCACCAUGGUGCAAGAGUCGUGUCUGAGGUUGUCUGCUAAGCUUGGAGGGUGCGACUUGGUCAGCUGCGUUUCCAAGAGCUUAUUUUCUCAUCUCGCCGGGGCUGUCCAGUACUUGCCGGAAGUGACGCGGAGGCUCCAGGAUCUCGGCUUCGACCAGAGGCGCAUCGCGGAGGUCGUGGACUUGGGCGGCGUGGCACUCCGUCUUACUGCGCUUGCCCAGCGCGGCGUGCACGUGAGGCCCGUCUGCACGGUGGUUUGCGGAGGUCCGCCCGCAAGCAGCCUGGGGCCAUCCUCUUUGCCGCGGGGCCAGGCGCGCAAACUGCACGGAGCGCUGCUGGAGGCAUUGCAGUCUACGUUGCACGAGGCUUUGCGGGCUCGCUACUUUGGGCCGCAACGAGAUUUGGCGCGCUUGCCGAGCUGCGCGGGGUCUGUCUCCAGCCGGUGGCUCACCGAGUUUCCCGCGUCGUGGUGGCCAGAGAUCACGGGCGACAAGUUUGUGAUGGCUCUCAAGUUCAGGGUCGGCCUGCCGGUGUAUCCUGCUUUCCUGCAGUGCAUGCACGCGGAAUCCAAGGGUCAGGCUGAUCGUUGUGGCAAGGAUCUGGACAUGUUUGGCGACCGCGCCGUAUGCUGCAAUACGGGCCCCUGCAUUUCGAUGCGGCGCGGCUUGUUGAACGGCGCCCUGGCGCAGGCUGGGCGCGACGCCGGGCACUCGGCGCUGCUGGAGCAAACCGCGCCCGAGCUCGGCCUGAGGAAGCGCCGGCGGGGCGGCAGGGAGGUCCUGGAGGAGGCCGUCCUGGACGUGGACCUGUUCGGGCACCCGAGCGCAGCCGCGGCGGAGGGCGUCCGGUGCAAGGAGGACCGGUACCCAGACACGGGCGGCAAGGCUGUCGCCCCGUGCGCCGUCGAAACCUGGGGCCGCGUGGGCGCCGAGCUCUCCAACUUGCUGGGCGAGCUUGCCGCGCUGGCGGCCCAGCGCCAGCGGGGCCGCGGUGUCCUGCCAACGCGCUGGGGGGACCGCUGGCGGACAUUGAUCAGCGCCCGGCUGGCCAUGGGCGUGGCCUGGGCCCUGCUGGACGCGGCGCCCGCUCAAUGCCGGCCCUGCGGCGCCGUGCGGAGCAGGGCGGCGCGGGGCGCGUUG